AAGGUGUGGUGAACACGUUAACAAACAUCAAUCCACAAGACUCCAACAUAUCAACUCCAACCGAACUCCAGCCCACCCCUCAAUCAACAUGAAGCUCAUCACCACUCUCCUCGCUGUCCUUGGCGCCGUCGCCAUCGGCCAAGCAGCUGAUUGUUCUGGUGCCAGACAAUGCCAGUGUCUCUUCCAAGACGGCUCCCACUGCUGUGUCUAUGGCUACAAUGCGGAAACAGGUGACACCUCUGACUGCACUGCCGUCUGCUCCGGUGCUUCUCGCCUCCUGCAGAGUGGCGAAGACACUCCCGCCAAGUGUAAUGCUGGCGGAAAGUUCUCUUGCGUUGGUAUUAUUACCGCGCAGGGACGGACUCCUUGCUACAAUAAUAACGAGACUCCCGUCUGAAUGCCGGAUUGUGGCUAAGCAGGUGGUAUCGGGUUGAUUAGCAUUCGACGUGGGGGAUACAAGCGAUAACCAUGACCCAUGUUUACCGCACCAUAUGGAACUCAUAAGGGAGGCUUUUGCUUUUAUGACCACAGCUACCGAAGCCUUGCUGAGAUCUGUUCCUCGAAGUUCUUCAUGAGCAUCUGAUGACUUGGCCUAACCUUCGAAUCGACAUCUGAGAAAUCUCUUCCAAUAUAACGUACCUAGCAUAGUGAAACGAUAUAAAAUCUCGCCGUUAGCAUGGUGUUGCUUAACAAAUAGGAUCUUGCAAUUCUUUGGUUAGUUAUUCCUGAAGAUGAACAGGAGACGGCAAUCUUGAAUGAGUAGUCUUCCAGAUAGUAGGGAC